GCGGACAUUCGUCAGUUGCUGUUCCCUCCUUCCCCUUUCCCUCAAAAAACAAACUUGGCUCUCUCUCCCUCUGCAAAUCUCUGCUUCCAUUCCGCCUCCCAGAGACCCUCCCACUUUCAAACGGUAACAUUCACUCCAAUCCCAAAUAUCUUUCUAUUUUCGAAACGAAACAUCGCACUUCGCUCCCCGGAUCCUCUGUUCAGUUUUCACUCCCAAAUCGCACCCCUUCCUUCAAAUUUCCCGGUCCUUCUAGACUCUAGAGAUCACACCACUGCUGAUUCAGUCAUGCCUCCCAACUCUUUCUCUUCCCUGCUUCUCACUCUCCUUCUGGGACUCCUCCUUCCGCCCCGUCUGUGGGCACAGCAGAAGGGGAUUGGCCCUAGGGAUCUAUGGUGCGUCGCCAAGAACAACGCGGCCGACGCCGCUCUGCAGUCGGCCAUCGACUGGGCCUGCAGCGCGGGCGGCGCCAAUUGUGCUCCCAUUCAGCAAGGCGGGCCGUGCUACGACGCCGGAGACAUCCAGCGGACGGCUUCCUGGGCUUUCAACGACUACUACUUGAAGAAUGGCAUGACCGACGAUGCCUGCGACUUCACCAACACCGCUGCCGUCACUUCCUUAAACCCUAGUGUCAUGGCAGUUGCAAGUUCCCAUCAAGCUCCGGAGUGAAGAAUGGGAGUGCUUCUUCAACUGCUACAGCAGUAGGAACGGGGCCGGCGGACAGUGCAGAUAUGAGCAGCUGCAACCGCAUUGCAGCAACAGCAGCAGCAGGUAGCACAUGGUUUUGGGGAUUGUUGGCCGGAUGUUUGAUUGUCUUGUUGUUUAGAUAGGAGAGAUUGGUAACUGGCAGAAUCACAUGGUUUUAUUAUUAGCGCAUCUGAAGUUAACAUUAUGGGUUGGCAAAGUGUUGGCAAUGCAUUUUCGCUCAAGGUUUAUUUGGAUUAGAGAAAGAUAAGAAGAGAAGAGAGACGAUCUUUAAGCUUACAGUGAUAGCUGAUCUGCAAGAAGCUCGUGCUACUGGGGAAUUGAACAUAUCAUCAUCUCAUGUUGCAGCUUGCUUCUUUUUAUUGCAGCUUAGGUGGACUCUCUUUUUGGCCUUUGAAUGAUGAACUAGUUGCUAGGAUGCAUAGCAUUAGAAUUUAUUUUCUUCGAUUGAAUCGGUUUCGCAGUAAGCUUAAACGUGAGUACGCAA